AUGGCAUUGUUUAAAGAAUGGGAGCCUGAUGCACAUAGCCUUGCAGCCAUCUGGAAGAUAGAAGAACCGGAAGCUUUUUUCGUAGAUCAAACCGGCGUGUCGUCGGACAUUAAAAGUGAUAAGCGCCGCAUGGAGCGGCUGGCUGGCCGCUUCCUGCUCCAAUUCCUGAAACAAGAUUUCCCCUUGCACCGUAUCUAUAAAGAUGCGCAGGACAAGCCGCGGAUACCGGACGACCGUUAUUUCUUUUCCAUCUCGCACUCCUAUCCGUAUGUGGCAGCGAUGAUCAGUGAUACAACGGAAUGCGGCAUUGAUAUACAAACCUGGCAUGACCGGAUGGAAACGUUGCAGCAUAAGUUCCUUUCUGCGCGGGAGCAGCAAUACUUUAAAAACGAUACCCGCCUGAUCACCCUCGCCUGGGAUGCCAAGGAAGCUGCUUAUAAAUGGCUGGGGCAGCGUGGCAUUGACUUUAUUGAACACCUGCCCAUCCGCGCUUUCAGCGAACUGGACGACUAUUACUUCUUUGAACUCAUGGCUGGCCGCCCCGGCGAUACGCACCCGUUAAGCAUCGAAGCCUUUCUUUUUCAAGAUUUCGGGCUGGCAUUUACAACAAAGUAA